AUGAUAUCUACAUUGAGGCCGUCUAUUCGUAUCACCAAACGAUCACCCGAAUUGAUUUUAAGUCGUUCUAAACCAGCAAAUGACAAUAGAAACCGCGGGAACAGUUCUGGUAAAAGAGCGACUUUUCCAGAACUUGAAGAUUUCAUCUUGAAGAGAGACUACACCGGUGCCAUUACUAUGCUUGAGUUUCUGAAACAUGAUGGCAACACAGACGUAUGGAUUAGUGCCUGGACGGCGUGGUGCUGGUUCCACCUCGGCGAGUACAAGCGAGCUCUGGACGAAUAUCUUGAGAUUAAGAAGAGAGACAACCUCGUCACGAGUAUUGCUGAUAACAUUGAUUUAGAUAUCGGAGUUUGCUACUUCUAUUUAGGAAUGUAUAAAGAGUCCCAAGAGGCAGUAGAGGAAGCGCCAAAGUGUCCUCUUAAGUGUCGUCUUCAGUUCCACUUAGCACAUAAGUUGGGUGACGAGGAGAUACUCAUGCAAGCUCACGCGAAAUUGCGAGACGUACCUGAGGACCAGCUCAGCCUGGCCUCCGUGCACUAUCUACGCGCUCACUACCAGGAGGCUAUUGAUGUUUACAAGAAACUGCUUUUGGAGAGACGUUAUACAAGAUAUCAAAGCGAUGAAACAGAUUGGGUGAAGCUGUUGUCCCAAAUACCUAGCACGUACAUGGCGCUCAAUGUAUACGUCGCGCUGUGUUACUACAAGCUGGACUAUUACGACGUGUCGCAGGAGGUGCUCGGAGUGUACCUCGCACAGCAUCCCACGUCUACUAUGGCUGGGAAUCUUAAGGCUUGCAAUCUGUUUAGAUUAUACAACGGUAAAGCAGCUGAAAACGAGUUGAAGCAAAUAUCAGCUGAACAGCACACGUUCGGACAAGAUCUCGUCAAACACAAUCUCGUUGUAUUCAAAAAUGGGGAAGGAGCUUUAAAAGUACUACCAGAACUAGUAGACGUGGUCCCGGAAGCUCGUCUCAACUUGGCCGGCUACCGGCUGCGUCACCGGGAACCUCUGGAGGCCCGCGAGCUCCUGGAGCCCUUGCAACCCACGUCGCCGUUGCACUACAUACUGCGGGCGGUGGUAGCGGUGCGGCUCUACAAUGAGACUAACGAUGAGGAGCAGAUGAAACUGGCUCAGCAGAGCUUCCACCUAGUGGGCAGCUCAGCGUCCGAGUGCGACACGAUCCCAGGCCGUCAGUGUAUGGCCUCGUCCUACUUCCUCGCGGGCCAGUUCGAGGAGGUGCUCGUCUACCUCAACUCCAUCAAGAGCUUCUUCGUCAACGACGACACAUUCAACUUCAAUUACGCUCAGGCAAAAGUAGCAUCAGGAUUCUACAGAGAAGCCGAGGAAUGCCUGCUGACCAUCCAAGAUGAGACCAUACGUAACUCUUUCACUUACCUCGCGUGCCUCUGCCGCUGCCACGUCAUGAACAAGGAGGCUCACCUCGCCUGGGACAUAUGUGUUAAGUCUGCGGGUACGCCAGAUAGCUUUGCGCUUCUGCAACUGGUCGCCAACGACAGCUAUCGCAUGGGACAGUUCCUUGUAGCAGCCAAGGCGUUUCACAUGCUAGACAAGCUGGACGGCGGUCCGGAGAUGUGGGAGGGGCUGCGCGGCGCGGUGUGCGGGUGCGCGCAGGCGGCGGCGGGCGGCGCGCAGCCGCAGCAGCUGCGCGAGGCGCUCGCGCUGCUGCGGGGCCGCCCGCACGCGCGCGCUGACCACGUGGCGCGCCCCAUCGCGCGCUGGGCGCAGCUGAACCGGAUACCCGUGUGAGCUGCGCCGACAGUGCUGUCGUAGUGUUGUAACAUUUCGCGAUUCGUACAAAUAAAUUAAUAAAUCAAAA